CACUCAAAAUAUGUUGUGCAAGUAUAAUUUCCCGAGAAUUCUCAAACAAGUUUGAGGAGUUGACGGAAAUACGUAAUCAAAUUUACGAACACACCUGUUUCCCGCCCACAUGUAUAAAUAGCAGUUUGCCUUUGUUCCCUCUCUCUCACACUCUCAUUUUCAAAGCUUAAGCUAAUACUAUGGCGCCAAAAAAGAAGUCUUCAAUUUCCACACCCAUAUCAAUCGGAAACUGCGAGGUCCUUGUCGAUGCCAAGAACUUCACCUCCAAAUCGGACCCAAACACCCUCCAAAUAUGUCUCUCCAAAAACGCACAAAUCAAAAUCUCAGUGGUAGAGGACAAUAAUGGAAAGAACCGCGAUGAUCUUCAGAGUUCUGGAACCAAGGGUAAUGAAGAUUUCCUCUUCGUGCUCAUUAACCCCAAAGAUGUAGAUGGCCAAACCAAGUCUCUGAUUCAGGAAGUACUGAACAUAUACAUGAAAGAGCUACCUGCAAUGAAUUAUGCUGCGAAUACUGGAAAGCAAUCAAUGUUCCUUGAAAGAUGCGUAUCAAACGGGAAAUAUUGCACGUUACUUGUGAAGUCCAAGUCUAAGGAAGGUUCUGGAGAGGUUGUUGCUGCAAUUACUUAUCAAAUAAUCCCCGCUGAUACACAAUAUGCUGAGGUUCCCCUUGCUGCUGUUCGUUCAGUCUACCAAUGGAAGGGGAUUGGUAGCCUCCUGUACACAGAACUGAGAAAGAGAUUACAAAGUGUUGGUAUUCACACUAUAUUUUGUUGGGGGGACAAGGAAUCUGAACGAUUUUGGCUUAAACAGGGUUUUGUGUCAAUAGGGGAGGUUGACACCAAGGGUAGAGCUCGCAGGCUGCCUAUCAAGGCCGGCAUUCGUAGAGCAUUAUGCUUUCCUGGUGGGUCAACCCUCAUGGUUUCUCAUCUUAACAAAGACAGCUCAGCUAACCCUGAAGAGCCUCCAAAGCUUUGUACUUCAUUAAAGCCUCCCGAUAAGUCUUUGCCAUCUGCUAUUGUUCAAAAUGGGCUAGAAGGUAUUGAAGAGAGUCAUGAUCCUCUAGAUGUGGUAAAUCUAAUGACGGCCUUGACUGAAUACUCUUGUCCUCAAUCAUUGGUGAACCGUGGAUUUCAAAUGGAUGGUGAACAAGGCCUGAUUCAUUUUGAGAGCAUGGACUGCAGCAACAUGGCUAAUGAUUUAGGAGUAACCUUAAUUAGAGAGGAUGCUGAUGCGAAGCGUUGCUCUUGUUCCUCACUUAUGCAUUGCUCUUGUUCCUCACGUGGUGAAAAGAAGAGGGUCUGGGAAGCCUCAUAUACCUCACUGAAAUCAAAAAAAGUAAAGGGAUGUCAUCAAGUGGACUGUCAAUUGGAUUCUAGGGAUUUUGUUCCGGAAAGUGAUGGAACAAAUGAUUCUUCUUUUCAUGGAUGCUCCUCAGGAAUUUCCAAAAAUAAAUCUUUGGUUGAUGUAACUCCCAGAGAUCCCUUGAGCAGUACUUAUUUGGAAAAGACAAAUGAAGAAUGUCAACCAGUUAAUAUCAUAUCAGAAGAUCAUGACAGCAUGGAACUGCUGGCAAAAGGAGAAAGCUUUAGGAUCAUGCUGAUGAAUAUUGCUGACAAUGCUAAAAAAUCGAGUCUCACCAAGAUUAUUGAAAACCUUGGUGGGGCUGUCACUUCUGUUGGAAGUCUAAGCACACAUGUAGUCACUGGAAAAGCCAGGAAAACUUUGAAUUUCUGCGCUGCUCUUUGUUCAGGAGCUUGGAUAAUCUCUCCCAAUUGGCUAAAAGAAAGCUUCCGGGAAGGCGGAUUUGUGGAUGAAAUGCCUUUUCUUUUGAAAGAUGAUGACUAUGAGUCAAGGUACAGAAUUGAGUUAAAGGCUGCAGUUCUGAGAGCAAGAGAAAGUCCCCAAGCUUUGCUUAAAGGUUAUAACAUAUGCUUUGCAGCUCAUCUUCAACCCCCAGUUCGUACCCUAGCAGCCAUUGUCAAGUCUGCUGGUGGAAAAGUCAUUCGAGGAUUGGACAAAGUAAAUCACACAUCAAAAACUAUCUUUUUGGCAUGUGAAGAUGAUAUGGAGGAAGCACUAUCAGCUGCAAAGAAAGGGGUAUGGACUUUCAGUAGUGAAUGGUUUAUGAACUGCAUCAUGAGGCAAGAGCUAGAGCUGGAGGCUCCCCAGUUCGCCGAAUCCCUCUAAUAUACUUCUAAAAUUUAUGCCUACAUGAUAUGGAGUAAGUUAUGUUAAUAGUAGUAGGAUUAUGCUAGGAUUUAUUUUUAUUUUUCCUUUUUUUAUUGUGAACUGAGAAUGACAGCGUAAAACUCAUAAUUAUGCAUCUGUUGAUUAGAAUUGUUUUGCACUCUAGACAGUUUGUAGAUGGACAUAAUGUCAAUAUUUUUUUGUUGGGUUGUAAAUCUUAGAAAAAUGAUG